AUGAGGCUAGAGCGCGGGCGGCGGGCUUCUCUGGCGCUCACCCUCAACUUUGUGGCGUUUGCUUUUGCCUUAUCAGCGGUGACCACCAGCUACUGGUGCGAGGGGACCAGGAAGGUGGCCAAGCCCUUCUGCACAGGCCCGCCGUUGAAGGUGAAGCAGUGGUUCUGCAUCCGCUUCAACAGCUCCAACCUCAACGACAGCCGCCUGGUGCAGUACAUCUUCGAGACGGGAGAGGAGAAGUUUCUUUUGAGGAAGUUCCACACGGGAAUAUUUUUCUCCUGCGAGCAGGCCGCCGACAUGAACGGCUUUGACUGUCGAGAUUUCUCAGAGAUUGCACCUGAACAUGAAAGAGGGGUGCUGUGGUUGUGCAUCGUCGCUGAGAGCCUGUACCUCAGCCUGCUCUUCGCGGGCGGGGCUCUGAUGACCCUGGAGCAGUGCCCCUGCUUUAGCGUCAUGAACAAGCUGAAGCUCAGUGCCUUCGCUGCCUUGUGCACUGCCCUGUCAGGCCUUUGUGGGAUGGUGGCCCACAUGAUGUUUACCACCAUAUUCCAGCUGGCCGUCGCUAUGGGACCAGAGGACUGGAGGCCGAAGACCUGGGACUACAGCUGGUCUUAUGCCUUGGCGUGGGGCUCUUUUGGUACCUGCAUGGGCUCCGCAGUGACAGCGCUGAACAGGUACACAAAGACCAUCAUAGAGUUUAAAUACAAGCGGCGGAACAUUGAAAAGAGCCUGAUGAUCAAGCAGAAGAUGAUGGAGAUGGACCUCCCAGAGCAGAUGUGGGACAUGUACCUGACUGCUGUGCCGGCUGAUGCUGAGGCACCGCCAGAACUGCCAAUCAACGGCCACAAGCCAUCCACAGGAACAGAGUACGUGGUCGAAAUGGAUAAUGCACCAGAACAACAAGGAGAAGCAUACUGUUGA